ACCCCAUCUGAUAUCCCCCCUUCUUCUCCGACUCCUGUCCCCCCACUCCUCCCCUGCUGCUUCCCCCACCCCACAGCCGCCCCUGGUCUCUGGGGGGCAGCAGGCGGGCAGGGGACCGAGAGCCGCAGCAGCUGGGCCUGGGAGCUUUCAGCUGCCUUCUGACUUCCCCAUGGGGGUGACACCAAUUCUCAGCAGCCGAGCGGCUGGAGCCCGGGUGCCGACCCAAGGGGACACCGGGGACCUGGUGGUUCAAGCCGGGUUCAAGCGGUUCAAGCUCCCUGUGCCCAAAGCAGGGGGUGGGGAUGAAACUGAGGCAAGGGACCGGCUCGGGGCAGCUACAGGGAUGCACGGUGAGGAGCUCAGAUUUGGGGUCCGGUCCCAGUUCUGCCAUGGGGUGUGCAUGGUGGGGGGUGGGGGGAUGUGGGAUUGUGUCUGCGUCAGGUGCUUAAUAAUGCCCCAUAGCCCCUGGGUCUUCCUGUCAGCAGCUCUUGAAGUGCUCUGCAAAAGAAAUUGGGAUCAUUAACCCCAUGGCACAGAUGGGGACACUUUCCUGCUGAGCUCUGGGACGCCAGCCCGGGGCAGAGAUGGCAGAGAGCGCAUGCUGCAAGCUUGUCGAGUAUUUGAACGAUCUAGAAGCGCAGGAGUUCAAGUUUCACCUGGAGAACUAUCCCCUGGAAGACGGCUACAAGCACAUCCCCCGCUCCAAGAUGGAGGCAGCCGAUGCCAUGGACAUAGCUCGAGCCAUGGUCCAAACUUACCAGGAAUCCAGGGCUCUGCAGAUGGCGGUGAAGAUAUUGGACGGCAUUAGCCAGAAGGAUCUGUCGCUAAGGAUCCAAAACGACAUGCCAGAGGAAAGGAUGUGGAUACAUUGCAGAGGAGUCAGAGAAGAGCUACGAGAAUGAUUAAAGGAUUAGAAAACCUGCCUGACAGUGACAGACUCCAGGAACUCGAUCGAGUUAGUUAAAGCAAGAGAAGGUUCAGGGGGGACUU